UGUGUGAGUGUGUGUAUGCGUGUGUGUAGAGCGGUUCAUAGUGUAAAAUGGGCAACUACUGUAGUUCCGGCCAGACCAAAAAGGAUAAGGAUAAUGUAUCGGAAAAGUCUGAAGAAUCGCCAUCCUAUCAGCUGGCGGAUAAGGGCAAAAGUAAGGCAAACGAUGUAAAGGAGGCACCGUUAGCGGCCCCGGAAGUUACAUCGGAUGCUUCCGGUACGGGCCAAGUCUCGAACAGCUCCAACGCUACCAACGGUUGCAACGCACCAGGUGGAGCGGAUGGAGCCAGAGCACAACCGAAGGCACUCCAGAACGUGCAAUCGAUGACGCUGUCGGAUUCCACCACCAACAGCCCGAUGACCGUGUCGCCACCAUGUGAUAUACCGCUAGUGCAUCAGAACUUACCGCAAAACCUGACACCACUGUACGGCAAACCGACCACCAAUAGGCGAACGGACAAGUACAAAAAGAUCGUCCUCUACAUACUGGCAGCGGAUGAUGGCUUCCAGACGGAGAAAGCUAUGCUGCGGGAGGUGUUUAAGGCGCUGAAUCAGAAGUGUCAGAGCCGUGGGUUCGAGCUGCACGUAGCCGAUCUGCAUGUCCUACAGCCGAAAGGGAACAGUUUCGAUGUGAACAAGUGGUUUAGUGGGCCUCUAGAAGCGCAGGGCGGACACGAGCUGGCCGCGAACUGUUUGGCGGAAAUUGCACGUCAGUCCUGUGAUUCGUACCUCAUACCGGUGCUGUUCCUUGGUGGUACGUUGGGUGAUCCACUGCUGCCGUUGACGAUCGAAAGCCAGGACUUUGUGGCUGCGCUUCAGAUGGCCGAGCGAAAUCCGUCGGAGCGAGCGAUUUUGGAGAAGUGGUACGUGCUGGAUGACAAAUCGCAGCCAGCGUGCUAUCGGUUGAAUGCAACCGCUACACCGGUAAUGUCGUCGGAAGAAUCGCAGAAGGAGCUCGCGUUGCUGCUCCAGACGUUGAUCGAUAUUUUCUCGAAAGAGCUGCGCGAUUCCUACUUAACUACCGUUGUUGAACAGGAAAUUAACAAUACCGUUCUGAUUAGCCAAGAGCUUUCCAAGCGUUGUAUCUGGAUACAGAGCGCUGUAGCAGCACCCAAAUCGGAAGGACUGUCCUCGGUUGAGGCAGAAAUGGUCCGAAGGUUGAGCAACAUACAGAAUGAUCUAAAGAAUCAACUGUCCGAAAAGCACAUCAUCCGCAUCCCGGCCAACAUUGCCCAACAGCAACAGGAGCAGUUUGGUACAAUGCUGGAUACUUGUCUAGCGCACGAGAUCGAUUCUAUCAUCGACGAACACAUUAGCAAGUACUCGAUACCGCACUGCACGUACGGCGUCGAUCGUCGUCUGUUGAGUGAGCUCGAAGAGGUGAAUCGGCAUUCGCGUGUGCUGAAUGAAAACUGCGCCAACUUCAGUACGACCGAGCGUGUUCGUGAGUAUCUAACAUCGACCCGCGGCAAACCGCUCGUUGUAUACGGUUCGAUGGGGGCAGGCAAGAGCGUUUUCAUGGCAAAGCUGUCACAAAAUCUUCACACCUGGUUGCCAGAAUCACAUCUGGUGAUGAGGUACGCUAAUCUUACUAUGCAAAGUUCGGACGUUACUGGACUGUUGGGAUCGAUCACGGAGCAGAUAUCAGUAUUAAUCAAAGGAGUUCCGACACGCUGCCAGCAUACCAUUCCAUCCUAUGCUGGUGUGCUGAAAUCAUUGCUCGAGAGCUCUAAGCAGCAGAUCACCAUCUUGAUCGACUCAAUCGAUUCACUCCGUGAUGUGGAGGACCUCGAUUGGUUGCCUGUUACGCUGUUGGACAACGUGAAGCUUGUGCUGACGGUUAGUUCCGCUGGCACCGGGCAAGAUCUAGCAAAUGCUGACAGUGUUGUUCUCCAACGUCUUCGAGAACGUAUUGGAGACGAUAGCUGCUUCCUCUUUCUCACACCAUUCACCCAGGAGCAAUGGGAAGAUGUGCUUUGCUUCGGAGGAGGUGAUAUAUACGCUGCCAAUGGGGCUUUGCAGUUGCCAGAAUGCUGGAAGAAGUCCGGUGAAAAGAUUUCGAUUCAAGCAAAGAUUCUGUGGUGGCUCGGAUGGCUUGGCAUCACCAACCUUUCGGACACAUCCGUAUCACACAUCAGUGAGCGUGUGUUUGAGAUUCUAGAAGAGAAGUUUACUGCUGCCAUCGUAAGGCUGAUCGUUUCACUGCUGCUAGCCUCUCGAGAAGGCUUAUUGGAGACAGAAAUCAUUACACUUAUAAGGAACUCUAAUUUAGUUACCGGAUCAACUACUAAACUGUGGACGCACUUUUGCUGGAAGAUGGGACCACUUUUUCUGCACAAUAAGAACAUUAUCGUCGUAGAUAGGACGCUCCGGCAGGUGGCGGAAAAGCGGUACGAGGCCGACAUUAAGCAGGCGCAUCGAAUUCUGUACGAUUUCUACGAGCUGCAACCAAACGCGUUUCUCGAUAAGAAGGGCAAAGAGAAAUGUUUUAACUAUAGGAAGUUUGUCGAACUGCCAUACCACAAGUACAAGCUCGAUGCGAUGGUGACCGGAAGCUCAUUUUCCAACUCUGCGUACCUGACCGAUCUAGCCUGGUUGCAAGACAAACUGAUCGCUACCGGAUGUGUUCAUAUUUUAAACGACAUUUGUCUAGUAGACGGUGCCACUAGUGCUGGUACCCAUGUGGCGCUUCUAAAAUCGUUCAUCGAGUCACAUUUUAAGGCGCUCAACUACGAUGGCCAUCAGCUGUAUUCGUUACUACGUCCGGUGUUGGUAGCUGAGCGACAGCCUGCUGGGUCGCCGUACGCAGACAGUGUGAUUGUGCAGCAAUGGCUUGAGACGAUCGAUAGCAGUACUGUACCGUUCCUGGAGCGUUUGAUGCUGGACGAGAUGACAGUUGAGAGUGAGAAGGCAGCAGAUGAUAAGCUUCCAAACGUUGGGUUCGAUCUGAUGAUGAACUUGAGCAUCGAGGGAUACUUUGUUAUAUCGCUUAGUACCGAGCGGGAAGAAAUCUGCGUGUGGGAUGUUGCGAAAUGCCGCAAGGUACGCACACUCACGGGAGUACCCCAACCAUCAGCAAUCUGCCCGGUCGGUGACUAUGGAGUUGCGGUACUAUGCCGUCGGGAGAUACGUAUCAUUGAUCUUAACGAAGGCAAGUUCAAGGUGACGCUAAAGGGUGUGAUGAACCAAAAGAUGCCCUACUUUGGACUGCACGAUCCGUCACAUCUGGUAUGUCUAUCCCGCAACCGUAUGUACGUGAAUCUGAUGAACAUCGAGUCGGGCGAUUGUGUGACCACGUUCAAGGCGGGUGAAGAUCGCUUCCUGAACUCACUUCUAGUGUCCGGCGAUGGAAGAAUUCUCGUUUGUGGUGAUGAAACGCAGAAACCUUUCCCACUGCUGGUGUGGCAUCUCUCGCAGAAAAAGUUACUGUACGAUCUCCGCAUACCGCACCAUGAUUUUAUCACCUCACUGUCCGCGAUCACGCACGAAGGAUCGUACGUGUGUGUUGUGGCUAAGGAGCUGGCAGAACCGAGUCCCAACUUUAUCGUGGUGUACGAUCUGCAGAGUGGCACACUGUUCAAGAAGUGGAAACCGUCCUGCAACACGGUAUCGCUAGCGAUCUCGCAAACCAACACCUGUGUCAUCGCUGGACUGGAAGAUGCGAGAAUUUUAAUCUGGGACUUGGUAACCGGUAAUUGUCGUAGUACGCUGGUAGGACACAGUGCCCCGGUGACCCUGCUAAAGAUAGAUCCCACAGGCAAAAUUUUACUCUCGAGUGAUAAGGAAGGACGCGAUCUGUCCAUUCGGCUCUGGCAGCUCGACAGUGGCAAUCUGCUGGCCGUGUACACACCAGAGGAACGCAUCACGACGUGCGAAAUUCUUAGCGGUGGUUCUUAUCUGGCACUAGCACUAGAGAACCGUCACAAUCUGAUCACACUGAAGCUUCGAGCGGGCAAAGAUGGAGCACCUGCAGCCGAGGACGAUCGAUCAUCUGUAGUAUACGGCAAUUCGGAACACGACGGUAAGCAAUUCGAUUUGAAGCAGUAAGAAAGUUGAGUGGAACGAUGCCAGUAAGAUUAAGAAUCUCCCCAUCACACAAGCGUAACGUUAGAUAACGAAUUGUGUUCAUAAAGGACAUUAGG